AUGGAUGAAUAUGAAGGUCAAAAAAAUGUUCUUCCUAAACGUAUAAUUCUAUGUUGUGAUGGUACAUGGAUGGACAGUGAUGAUGGGUUCAACAAACCAACACUCAUUCCUUACAAACCAACUGGUACAAUGCAAACUCCAAGUAACGUGACUCGUCUUUCAAGAGCCCUGAAAAGAUAUGCUCGAGAUGGCACUCAUCAAAUCAUUUAUUAUCAUUCCGGUGUCGGUACCGGUAGUACUAUGAUGGAUACCCUCAGUGGAGGUAUGCUCGGCACCGGUAUUUCUGAGAACAUUCGUGAGGUUUACAGUUUCGUUGCUGCCAAUUAUAGCCCUGGCGAUGAAAUUAUUCUUGUCGGUUUUUCUCGUGGUGCAUUCACUGCUAGAAGUGUUGCUGGAAUGAUCUCGGAUAUUGGGCUACUCACCCGUCAUGGCAUGACCAACUUUUAUGCUGUGUUUAAAGACCAGGAGAAUUUCAGAAAUCCCGAUUACCAUGACAUCUUUCCCGAUAUUCCGUUUUCAAACAAACCAAAAGACGGUGAUGAGUACAAGAAGAGAUUGGAAGAAGAAGGUUUAACCCGAGUUUAUGAUCCAAAUGGAUCGAAAAUUCGAGUUCAAGCUGUUGCUGUCUGGGAUACUGUAGGUUCUUUGGGCAUUCCAAAUAUUGCUCUACUUGCAAAACUUGGACUCCCGCAUUCAACCAAGGAAUAUAAAUUUCACGAUACCACUCUAUCCAGUUACAUCAGACAUGCUUUCCAAGCUUUGGCACUCGAUGAAAAUCGAAGGCCGUUUAGUCCUGCCGUAUGGGAGAUAAGGGAUUUCGAUAAUGAACCUACUGAUCUACGACAAGUCUGGUUCCCUGGAAGCCAUGCAAAUGUCGGAGGAGGAUAUGAUGAUCAGGAAGUUGCAAACAUUACUUUGGCCUGGAUGAUGGAUCAGCUUGCUUCUAUUGGGAUUGCUUUUCAUGAUGAUGCUAUCGACGUCAUCUUUCGAAAGAGUGUUCAUUACUACGAAAGUCUGCCACCUCCUUCAACUUCUAUCUUCAGGUUCUCGAAGCCAAUCAAUGAAUGGGCAACGCCAGCCGUGUACGAAAAACAUCACCCGGUUCGCCCAUGGGCUCUGGGCAAAAUUUAUAGCUCAAAUACCGGAAUUUGGACUCUUGCAGGUAAACAGACCAGAACUCCUGGUCUUUACAAACGUUUAGAUCCAGAUACAGGUGUCUCAACUGGGGAACCAAUGACACAUACUAAUGAACGUAUCCACUCAAGUGUACGAAUUCGACUUGAUCUUGGCGGACUUGGUGAUGACGACAUGACGAAGUAUAAAUGCCCAGCGCUGCUCAAAAAAGGACCAUGGCGUCUUGAUCAGAUUCGUAUUAAAGUCUCCGAUCCUAUCCCGCCAACUGCCACAUGGGGUCCCACGGCGCCAGCGGCACUGGACGAUGAGCGUACAAGCGAUUUUAGAUGGGUAUGGGAAUAUGAUGGACCGGAAAAGGAUGCACCAAUCAUUCAAACUCUUAUCGAAGAAAAUCUCGGCCCAUAUGAAAGAAAAUUACUACUGUUGAAUAAAGGUAAGGGCAUGUUUCACAAGGUUAUUGAUGAGGCGAGUGCAGAUGAUCAGCGCGUUAAAUAUCAAGAAUCACUUAUGCAUCGACGACGAAAAAAGAAAAAGAGGAGAUCACAUCGAACGUCCACUAGAUCCACGGGGGAGAAAGCUCACAUGACAGCCGAUGAUUUAUUAUUAGGAGAUGCCGCUGUAAAUGGCGAACAUGGAAGAAGAAGAAACCGGAUGGGAAGGGAUGAGGUGGUUAGUUAUGGGAGUGGACCGGUCGUUACUGGGGAGGAACUGGAAUCGGAUGAGAAAUUGGAGAAGUUACGAGGGAUCUCCAGUUAUAAUGGGGAGAGAAGAAAAUCGAGGCAACAUCGGAUUUAUGGACAAGGUUUUGGAGAACUGCCGGUUAGGAGUCGAACGAGAGUUACAGCUGAUCCGAGGGAUCCGGAUUUGGAGAGGGAUAUGAGGGAGUUGGAGCGGCUGAGGGCCGGAAUGACUGCCGAUGUGAACAAGACGAAUUCGAGAAUUAGAAUUGUACCGGCUGGAGAUGAAGAGCCGGAAAGAAGAGAUAGAGGACCAGGAUCACUUCCACGAGUCGAAAUUCAACAUUCGGAACAACAUGAUGAGAUUGUCGUAUUCGAAGAAGAUGAAGUUCUGGAUGAACGAUCACGAUCACAUCGUAGAUCAAGAGUCGGACUUCGUGAACGCGCUAGAAGUUCGGCGAGAACAAUCGAUACAUGGGAAAGGAGUGAAGUUGGUGACAGUACAGUUUUGACUCAGGCCCCGAGGGGAAGAAGUGGUGGUGAAAGAGAGAGGGAAAAAGAUUUGAAGGUUCCCGGUGUGAGGGAGAGGGAGAGAGAAUUAAGUGUACCGAGAAGUGUGGAUAGUUGGGAGAGAAGUGAUGGCGAGGAGUACGACGAGGACGAUUGA